CAAUGGAACAUGGCUGUGAGUCCCGAGUAAUUUCCCCCGCUAGGCGGGACUGCAGACUAACGUCACAAAAGAACUCGCCAAUCGCCAGAGACCGUCUGUGAGCCUCAUUUGCAUAACACCGGCUACAUAAGGCACCGUCCGGCCGGCCUCCCUUCAGUCUGUUCUGUCCUUGACCCUGUUUGCAAAAUGCCUGAGCCCGCCAAGUCCGCUCCAGCCCCGAAGAAGGGGUCGAAGAAGGCGGUGACCAAGGCGCAGAAGAAGGACGGCAAGAAGCGCAAGCGCAGCCGCAAGGAGAGCUACUCUGUGUACGUGUACAAGGUGCUGAAGCAAGUGCACCCGGACACGGGCAUCUCGUCCAAGGCCAUGGGCAUCAUGAACUCGUUCGUGAACGACAUCUUCGAGCGCAUCGCGGGCGAGGCUUCGCGCCUGGCGCACUACAACAAGCGCUCGACCAUCACGUCUCGGGAGAUCCAGACGGCCGUGCGUCUGCUGCUGCCCGGGGAGCUGGCCAAGCACGCGGUGUCGGAGGGCACCAAGGCGGUCACCAAGUACACGAGCUCCAAGUGAGCCUGCCCGCGGCUGCCGUGCUCCCCGCACUCCACCCCCAAAGGCUCUUUUCAGAGCCACUCACU